UUAAAACUUUAAUUAAUUAAAAUUUUCAUCCAUUAUUCAUCUUUAUGCUUUCCUCUCAGAACUUCAACUUUUUCCGGCACCAACUUCAGUUUCUUCCCAGCUAUUGAAAUACUCUGCAGGAAGUAGAAGAUCAAAACUAUUGGCAGACGUGAGUUAGGCCAGUUGACGCCCUCCACCCGCACCCAAAUUAGAAUUCACCUCUUCUAGUAAAUUAGAGUAGUUUGGAAUACAAUAUCGUAUUAUUGUCGAAAAGAAAAAAGAUGAUCAAACCUCUGAAGCUAACAAUAUUGAACUGAUAUGGUAAUUGUAUUCGGAGACGCAAUCAGUAUUCUGAAGGAUUAGUUUGAACUUUGACAUUUGGGAUGCUUAGAUAAAGAUUGAACAAAGUAUAUGCCAGGACUUCAGAUUUCCUAUGAUGGAGCUAAAGGAAGCUUAUGACAUCGAGCGUAUGUCCUCUACGCAGAAUAUUCAGCAUGAGCUGUGGCCACUCGAUGAAAUUGAUCCGAAGAAGGCAAAGUUUCCUUGCUGUAUAGUUUGGACUCCGCUCCCCGUAGUCUCUUGGUUGGCACCAUUCAUCGGACAUGUUGGCAUUUGCAGGGAGGAUGGAGCUAUUUUAGAUUUUUCUGGUUCCAAUUUUGUGAAUGUUGAUGAUUUCACAUUUGGUCCCGUAGCCAGAUAUCUCCAAAUUGAUAGAAAACAGUGUUGUUUUGCCCCAAAUCUGGGUGGCCACACUUGCAAGCAUGGGUAUGAGCAUUCAGAGUUUGGGACAGCAAUAACGUGGGAUGAUGCCUUGCGGUCAAGUUCGCGGUACUUUGAACACAAAACCUACAACCUAUUCACUUGCAACUGCCAUUCAUUUGUGGCCAACUGUCUCAAUCGGCUCUGCUAUGGCGGAUCAAUUAGUUGGAACAUGAUCAAUGUGGCAGGCUUAGUACUGCUCAAGGGGCAUUGGGUUGACGCCACAUCCGUCUUGAGGUCGUUCCUCCCUUUUGUAUUGGUGCUCGCUAUUGGUGUUGCCAUGGUUGGAUGGCCAUUCGUUGUUGUGCUUUUCUCCUUCUCGCUCCUCCUUCUGGUGUGGUUUAUACUGGGCAGUUAUUGUGUCAAGACCUUGUUAGAGUGCUAGUUCCCUCACAAUGUCGAAAAAUUUGAGGUAGUAUGCAGGAUGUUAUGUGGUAAUGUUCCUCUGCAUGGCUCUAGUUCCUGAUGCAAUUUUGUUAUAUGUUUUUUGUGAAUAACGCUUCUGAUGUCAAACUGAGUCAAUUUAUUCUACUGUAGAUGAAUGAUUUAGAAAGCUUAUCGAC